AUGUCAGAUCAAGAACCUUGCUGUUUAUAUGCUCUAGGACCAUACAGACAAGUUAACAGGGUUAAUCAUAAGAAUGUUUUACUGGAUAAGACUGCUUUGGAGAAUGACAUUCUAGCGGCUUAUGCACGUACCGUAUGUACAUUAUUUGACUUGACUUCAGAAUCGCUCUUAGAUUCAGAAUUCUUCGAUGAAGAGCUAGAGCUAGAGAUUGCUUUAGAUACCGCCAUGGCUAUGGAACUAUCUCCAGAGCGAGCCUUAGAAUCAGAACCAGAUACUCGAAUUGCACUAGCUUUGGAACCGGCACCAGAUACUGCUUUCGUCAGAGAAUCACCUCCAGAAGUCACCUUUGUGAUGGAACCAGCACCAGAAAUCGCCUGUGUCAGAGAACCAGCUGCGGAGCUACCCUUCCCAGAGAUUACCUCGGUUAUAGAACUGGCUGAUGUUCCUGCCCCAGCUAAUUGA